CUCAUAUUUUUUUAUUUAGAAAUUUUGCUUUUUUAAAACCACUAUAAAAUUUUUAAAUAUGGAUGAUUCUGGUGAUUCAAUAUUGUCAUUUCAUAUCGAAAGCUUAAAUUAUAGUUUUUCACCCGCUACUCCGUCGUUUAAAUUAAAUGCCGCGCGAUCUCUUUUUGGCGAGGAAGAAGUGAACGAUCACGAAUCUUCCUUGCAUUCUUUAAAUCAGAUUAUUUCAAAGUUUCCCGUUAUAUUUUCCUCCCCCACCUUGUUUCCAAUUAAUAAUAAACCAAUUAAAUCGCCCCAUUUGCAACCUUUACACUCCUCACCCAUCAUUAACAAUGCAAUAUCUAUAAACAAAUCAUCUCAUACUGCGUCUAAGAGUUUUUCUGACACCUGGAUGGACAGUCCAUUAAAGCAAGCUUUAAAUCAAGCCUAUGAAAGUCCCGAUUUAAUCGCCGAUUUUUCUAAAAACUAUGCCCUGCCCACUUUAUUGGGCAAUAAAAAUCCUGAAUUAAAAGCAGUAAAAUGUGAAACAGUCAAACAUUUAUUAGAAAAUAAAUAUUCAUCUACAGUGAAAAAUUUUUCCAUAAUUGAUUGUCGUUUUCCUUAUGAAUAUGAAGGUGGUCACAUAAAAAACGCAAUAAAUAUAUACACCCGAGAAGGUAUAAUAGAAUAUUUUUUUAAAAACCCUAUCUUUCAAAGUUCUUGCGACAAACCAAGUAAUCCUAAAAAUUUUAAAUUUAACAAUCUGAAUGAUAACAAGGGUUAUAUUAAAACUGCAAAUCUAGAACUCAAUCACAAUAUCAUCAUAUUUCAUUGCGAAUUUUCUCAGGAAAGAGGUCCAAAAUUGUACCAAUUUAUGCGCAAUUAUGAUAGGCAAAUUAACAAAGAACAAUACCCAAAAUUAUAUUAUCCAGAAGUCUACAUUCUAGAAGGGGGUUAUAAACUGUUCUACGAAAAUUUUUUACACCUAUGCAUACCUCAAAAUUACAAACCGAUGCUUCACAAUGACCACAAAAAUGAUCUAAAACAUUUCAAGGCAAAAUCAAAAUCAUGGGGCGGUGAAAAAAACAAUCCUAUAGCCAGACCUUGUAUCAAAAAGAGAAAUUUAUUUAGAUGAUUACACAUAUUUUUUUAACAAUAACCAUAAAGAAAAUCAAAAUAUAUAUUUUUUUAACCCAUUUUUUUUAUUAUUAUCAUAACACUCAUUUUUAUAACAUUUUUUUUUUAAAUCUAUUUCCCCCCCCCCCUUUAAAUUUUUUUUUUAAAAAAUAUUAUAGCAAUUUAUAAUAAAAAGAAUAUUUAUUAAA